AUGCUUCCGGGUCUAAAACAGAAAAGGGCGAUCUCCCCAACAGAGGGAGGAGCUUGGGAUGCGGUGCGCAUGUUGGGCGUGCGGAAGGAGCUGGUUACGGCGGGAAAUGCGGAAAUGAUGAAAUUAAAGGCUGCUUUUAACCAGGAGAAAAUAGAUCACCUGAAGCUAUUCUGUUGGAACAGACUCACCGAACCGAAACCUCCUGUCGGAGGGGAAGACGAAGAAAAGCAAGCUGGGACUUUACAUUACAAGCGGGUCAAAGCUCGCGCGGCUAAUAUUUUAACGGUCCGCAACGCUUCAUGUCAACUUUGCGACCCUAACUGCUGCUCCACCGAUCGCGCCCACGGAGCUUCUGUGAGCAUCACUCGGGGCAACGACGGCAUCAUGGGGAAGAACCAGCCGUAUAUCCCGCCCCUCAUCGGGUGGCUGUACGAUCUGGUCCUGUGGUCGUUCUCCGUGCUCAUCGACCUCUUCUUCCGCGAGGUGCACCCGCGCGGAUCAUGGAAGAUCCCUCGUCGAGGACCCAUUAUUAUUGUCGCAGCUCCUCAUGCGAACCAGUUCGUCGACUCGCUCGUGCUGAUGCGCGUGAUUCGCAGCGAGGCUCACCGUCGGAUCUCAUGGCUAAUCGCGGAGAAGUCGUUCCGGCGCAAGUUUAUCGGUCUGCUAGCAAGGGGUAUUGGCACUUUGCCCGUGGCGCGCGCCAUGGAUAACUUGAAGCCUGGAACCGGCACCGUCUAUCUCCCCGACCCCGUGAACGAACCCACCCUCCUACGCGGCAUUGGCACCAAUUUCGAAAGCCCUGGGUUCGAGCCGGAGGGAACAAUUGCGUUGCCGACCAUCAAUGGAACGUCGCAUAGCACGGCCAUUGCGGAAAUUCGGGGCCCCGAGGAGCUGGUUCUCAAGAAGCCCUUCAAACACCGAGACGCCUUGUUCCAGUUGACGGGCCGGAAGGAUAUUGAUGAUGAUGGCAAGUUUACCGGUGAUGCGGCCGACCAAAAUCAGGAGUUCCAGGGCACCAAGUUCAAGGUGGCGCCGCAUGUAGAUCAGACUGCAGUCUACGAGGCAGUGUUCGCCAGAUUGAAUGCAGGAGGUUGUGUGGGCAUCUUUCCCGAAGGUGGUAGUCACGACCGCCCGUCUCUGCUUCCUCUUAAAGCUGGUGUGGCUCUGAUGGCUCUCGGCACCUUGGCUGAUAACCCGGACUGUGGUCUGAAGAUUGUGCCUUGUGGCAUGAAUUACUUCCAUGCCCACAAGUUCCGGUCCCGUGCUGUUAUUGAGUUUGGUAAUCCUAUUGAAGUCCCCAGGGAGUUGGUGGAGCAAUUCAAGCAGGGCGAACGGCGCGAGUCUGUUGGUGCCCUGCUGGAUAUUAUUUACCAAAGUCUUGUUGCGGUCACUGUGACCAGCCCUGACUACGAAACUCUGAUGGUCAUACAAGCUGCUCGCCGCCUGUACAACACCAAGGGAAAGAAGCUCCCACUUCCGAUGGUUGUGGAGCUCAACCGUCGUCUCGUGAAAGGAUACGCACACUUCAAGGAUGAUCCGCGAAUCGUGCACCUCCGGAAGUCGAUUGUAAACUACAACAAACAGCUUCGCAUCCUCGGCAUCCGAGACCACCAAGUGGCCUAUGCCAAAUUCUCCAUCUUGCAGGUUAUUGCUACCCUCAUUUAUCGCUUGGGCAAGCUGGCUCUCCUCACUAUUGGUACCCUGCCUGGCCUGCUCCUCUUCACCCCCGUCUUCAUCGCGACCAAGUAUCUGUCCAGGAAGAAGUCCCAGGAAGCGUUGGCCGCUUCCACCGUUAAGUUGCAGGGCCGUGACGUGAUGGCUACGUGGAAGCUGCUCAUUGCCCUUGCUUUUGCCCCUGCCGUCUAUGCAUUUUACACUGCUAUGUUUACCUAUUGGACUUACCGGAACCGCAUACAGGGUUUGAUGCCGGAAUGGGUGCCUCUUUGGUUGAUCGUGAUAAUUGGCAUGGUGGGCUUCCCUACCAUCACCUUUGCUGCCCUCCGCAUUGGCGAAGUGGGCAUGGACAUUGUCAAAUCUCUGAGGCCGUUGGUUCUGUCUCUGAACCCAUCCUCGGCGAACACGCUGGUCAAGCUGCGCGAGAAACGCGCCACGCUUGCCCAGCAGGUCACCGACGCCAUCAACACGAUGGGACCAGAGCUCUUCCCCGACUUCGAUGCAGCCCGAAUUGUCACUGGUCCCUUCCGUGAGGUCACUCACCAAGAAGCGGCGGCCGCGGGCGAAGUGCCGGUGCUCACGCGGAGUCGUCACGCUGAUAUGAGCGAGGAAUGGCCUUCGGCUGAGCCUCUGCCUCGCAACGAAUCGUUCCACAACUUGGCCAACAUUGGCUUCUUCUCCACCCGGCCGCCCAGUCGUAAUGGUAGCCGCAGCAGCUCUGCUGGACCCCGGCCAGGUUCGCGGCAUGGAAUGAAAGCGCUGAGUCCGCUUACCACCCAAAAAGAUCCCCUCGAGGACGUUAGCUCGCGGAUCCGGGAUGCCAUGAGAGAGCGCGGCGAGCGACGUCGGCGACGAAGUGAGGACGGCAGCUGGGACAUGGCCAGCUCGGGGCCAGGGACGCCGUCCAGCGGGGAUGAGUCGCGAAAGGAUCUUUGA